AUGGACCAAAUCACUUUAUUGUCACUCAUUCUGGGUAUUGCCCUUGCCUUGUCGGGUUCACUGUUGCUGCGGGGCCAGACAGCAAAAGAAACUGGAUUGGAAGUCACCCAGCUCUAUGUAUAUCCAGUAAAGGGUAUUAGAGGAUGUGCUUUAACCAAAGCACAUCUCGGCCCUUUCGGUUUCGAAGGCGAUAGGACCUUUUGUCUCCAAAAAGUCCGCAGAAAUGACGACUCGGGUAUCAAGUAUGAGACAUUGCUCAUUGGAUAUGAACUCAAGCUCGCACUUUUCCAAGCCUCCGUCGAUUACGACAAGAGCCAAGUCACUGUUCAAUGGAACACAGACAAGAAUGAAGAUAGGAUCCAUUUCCCACUAAAACCUUCUCUUGAGGGCAGGCCAAUGAUUGAAGCCAGUCUUCAUGCGAGCAAUACCAAAGCCUACGACAUGGGAGAUAACCUGUCCGAUUGGUUCUCAGAUCGUAUUGGCCAUGAGGUGCGAUUAGUCUAUAUCGGCGAUGGAUCGAGAGCUGUUCAUGGGUCGCUGGCUCCUCAUAGCUCUGAGGCUUUGCAAAAGUCGUUCACUCAAAGGAUCAUGAACAGUAUCCCUUUCCUAGCACAUAAACCAGAGAGGCUCACUUUCAGUGACAUUGCUCACUACCUCGUCGUCACAGAAGAAUCUAACAAUGAGGUAUCAUCACGUCUCAAGGAAGGUUACUCAAUGGACAUUACCAAAUUUCGGCCCAACAUUGUUCUUCGCGGCGCAUCUGGACCAUUUGCAGAGGAUUAUUGGGGAGGGCUGACAUUCUCUGGUGGAGUAUGGAUGGCUUUGAGAGCGAAUUGCUUCAGAUGUCAAAGCAUCACUGUGGAUUAUGAGACGGGAAAGACAGCGACUGAUGAACGAGGUAUGGUGUGGAAAAAGUUGAACAAGGACAGAAGAGUGGAUAAGGGUGCGAAAUACAGUCCUGUCUUUGGACGUUAUGGGUUUUGCUACGGCGAUGAUGCGAAUAAAUCGUUGUCGAUUGGGGAACGCGUUGAUGUUACUCAGAUCAAUAAGCAGCGAACGAUUUUUGACUGGCCACAUCUUAGCACCUUUGGCGUUUCACAGGAAAAAUGA